AUGUAUCCAAUCUAUCGUACCGCCUGCCUUUUUAAACAAUUGCUAAAAGAACCUCUUUCCAUUAGGAAACAACAGGACGAAGUUAUUGCGGAUACUGUCGGUAGCCGCACCAAACGGCAAGCUCAUAACGAUGAAAUCUACCCUGGCAUGAGAUGGCCAAAUGGCGUUUUCUACUCAUUCGAUGGUAGCUUAGGGGAUAAUGCAAAAGCUGCCUUCAAGAAAGCGGCGGAACUGUGGAUGAAUUACACAUGCAUUGACUUCAAAGAAGAUGAAGACGAAGAAGCUGAGGACCUUCUUCUUGUGUUCAAGGAACACGGAUGUUGGGCAGAAGUUGGCAGACAGGGCGGAUGGCAGUUACUUUCACUCGGCGACAGCAACUGUGAAACGGUGCUGGUUCCAAAAUGA